UGCAUUUUUGGCCGGCAGCUGAAGUUCUUAUACGAAGAAAUUUUGAGCACUCAUAAAUUUCACAGCUGUGGCUGUCUUUUCUGCACAGAUUGGUUUUUUAAUUUUACUGAAAAAAAAAUAUGGAAGAGAAGUGCGAGAUCAAGAAAGAUGUUACUGAAUUGAUAGGCAAUACUCCAAUGGUAUAUCUCAACCGUAUUGUGGAUGGCUGUUUAGCACGUAUUGCUGCCAAGCUUGAGAUGAUGGAGCCCUGCUCAAGUGUUAAAGACAGGAUUGCAUAUAGUAUGAUUAAAGAUGCAGAGGAUAAGGGUCUAAUUACAAAAGGGAAGACUGUCCUCAUUGAGCCUACCAGCGGUAACACUGGCAUUGGGUUGGCAUUCAUUGCAGCGAUCAAGGGUUACAAACUUAUCCUUACCAUGCCAGCUUCAAUGAGUAUUGAGAGAAGAAUUGUGCCCCUAGCUUUUGGAUCUGAGUUGUAUAUUACAGACCCUGCUAAGGGACUCAGCGGGAAUCUUGGGAAGGCUAUUGAGCUGCUUGGUGAAAUACCCAAUAGUUAUAUGCUUCAGCAAUUUGAAAAUGCUGCCAACCCAAAGAUCCAUUACGAAACUACGGGCCCAGAGAUAUGGAGAAAUUCAGGAGGCAAAGUUGACACCCUGGUUGCAGGGAUAGGGACUGGUGGAACGGCAACUGGUGCAGGAAACUUUCUCAAGGAGAAAAACCCAAAGAUCAAGGUAUAUGGGGUUGAACCAGUUGAAAGUGCUGUGUUGAGUGGAGGACAGCCUGGCAUGCAUUUGAUCCAAGGAAUCGGUGCUGGUAUUAUCCCUACUGUUCUGGAUGUCAAUGUGCUCGAUGAAGUUAUUCAAGUAUCAAGUGAGGAAGCUAUUGAAACUGCUAAGCUGCUUGCGUUGAAAGAAGGCUUGCUGGUGGGGAUUUCAUCUGGUGCGGCGGCAGCUGCUGCAAUAAAGUUGGCAAAGAGGCCAGAAAAUGCUGGAAAGCUUAUUGUUGUGGUUUUUCCUAGCUGCGGAGAGCGUUAUCUGUCUUCCCCGCUCUUUGACUCCAUCAGGCGUGAGGUAGAAAACAUGACUUAUGACUGAGGUGUUACUGAUACCAUGUCCACUGCACUCUCUAGAUACCUGAAAUAAUAUAUAAUCGAUUAGUAUGAGAAAUAUUGUAGCUUUUAUCUUUUGAUGUGGUGCAUGAAGGGGUAUACUUUGUUGCAUUUACGUUGUAACUUUGGAAUCAAUUAUUUUGAAUAUUCAAUGUCCUAAUGAGCGAUGGCUCGUUUCCA